GCCGCUGUGAGCAACUCGGGGCCCGCGCAGCCGCCGCCGCCGCUGCCCUCUGCCACCGGCCGCUCCGGAGCCGCUGCCCGCGCGAAUCCAUAAAUCUUGUGGAAAAUGGCCUUCAGUGAGCUUACAUCUAGGACUGCGCUUCUCUAUGAUAAUUGGAUCAAAGAUGCUGAUCCAAGAGUUCAAGGCUUCCUCCUCAUGUCCUCACCUCUGCCACAAACCAUCAUCCUGAGCCUCUAUGUCUAUUUUGUCACAUCUUUGGGACCAAAGCUCAUGGAAAAUCGAAAGCCCUUUGAACUCAAGAAGGCGAUGAUAACAUACAAUUUUUUAAUAGUACUCUUUUCUCUGUAUCUGUGUUAUGAGUUUGUGAUGUCUGGCUGGGGCACAGGUUAUUCAUUUCGAUGUGAAAUUGUUGACUAUUCAAACUCACCUAAAGCUUUGAGAAUGGUACACACCUGCUGGCUUUAUUACUUCUCCAAAUUUAUUGAACUGUUAGAUACUAUAUUUUUUGUUCUGCGUAAGAAAAAUAGCCAAGUGACUUUUCUGCAUGUCUUUCAUCAUACCAUCAUGCCAUGGACCUGGUGGUUUGGAGUCAAAUUUGCUGCAGGUGGUUUGGGGACAUUUCAUGCCUUUGUGAAUUCAGCUGUACAUGUUGUCAUGUAUUCCUACUAUGGACUAAGUGCAUUAGGACCGGCCUACCAAAAGUAUUUGUGGUGGAAAAAAUAUUUGACAACGUUACAGCUUGUCCAGUUCAUUAUUGUCAGCAUCCAUAUAGGCCAGUUCCUUUUCAUGAAGGAUUGCAACUACCAGUUUCCCAUCUUUCUGUACAUCAUUCUGAGCUACGGCUGUAUCUUUCUGCUGCUCUUUCUUCACUUUUGGUAUCGUGCUUACACCAAAGGUCAGAGGCUGCCCAAAACUGUGAAAAAUGGAGUCUAUAAAAGCAAAGAUCACUGAAGUUCAAACACUGGAAUCUAUGAAUUAAACUGCUAUUUUUUUUUUCAUUAUUGACAAUCAACAGGUAUUUCCAUGUGCAGUGCAUUUUGUAUAUUUUUCAAAACCAAAAACUUGUAUUUUUAUGAUGUUAUUAGGGUUUCUGAUAUCUGAGAGUCCAAAGCUCUAGAUAACAGAGUCCUCUGAUAAUUUGAGCCUCAGCAGCCACUUUUCAGCUGCUUUCACCUAAUACAGAGGUUUUAUUCAGCACAUCUUGUUUCUUUGAAAGAUGUAGAAAAGCAUAGUACUCUUCAAAGAAGUCUGGUCUCGAUGAAAAAUGUCAAUAGAUAUUUUGAGCAUGGACAGAGAUCUGAGUAGAGUAGAUUCCUUCUGAUGGGUAUGAAAACCUCAGAACUGUGAGCUUUUUGACCUGGCUGCUUAUUGACAUAUUCAGAACACUAUAUUCUAAAGUUAAAUUUAAGAUGUAUACUCUAAAGUUAAAUUUAUUCUCAAAAGUUAACACA